UCAUAGGACUGAAUGGCAUUAAGAAUCCAAACCUCAAACAAUUUAGACCCGAUGAACAUUAAAUAGGAAAAAAACUAUCCGAACAAAUUUAUAAAAAAGUGCAUGAAAAGCAAAAGGUUUCAAAUCCCAAACUACCGCAAUUAUUUUCUAGAAGAGAAUGUCCCAACAAACCCAUAUUCGUGAGCUGAGCUCAGAGGAGAAACUGUGCCUGGACCAGUGGAUGAGUGACCAGUCCAUCACCCUGGAUCUCCGUACGCGUCGCUACUUCUCCGAUGUCCUGCCCGUCGCCAAGAUUGUGAAGAAGUCGCACGGCCGUCUGGUGGAUCUGCACAACUAUACGCCCAAGAGCAGCCUGAUCCUGAAGCUCCAGAACUGGGAGAUCUUUAACAGCAAGGUGCUGAAAAAGCUGGGCGUGAAUAUGACGCGAUCGGCCUUGGAGCAGCUGGCCGCCGCCACCCCUGGUGCCAUCGAGACUCUCCUCUACGAGCUGAUGUUGGUGACGAAGUCAUCGAGUCCUCGUCCCAGCCCCGUGACGAAUGCCUCACCCACUCGAUCCAUUCGCAAUACCCCCAAGAAAAUGGAAAAAGAGCACAGCCGCGAGAUCAAAAAGCCGGUUAAGUUCCGGAAUCGCCCCCUCGACCGAUCCCUCACCCAUGUGGUCGAGCGCACCAGCGAUUUACCUCCGGAUGUGGUCACCAUGAACGUCAACAUCCUUGUGGACGGAAAGGUGCAGACUGUGCCACGGAAACUGGUAUUCUACGAGAGCUAUUCCGCAGCUCUGCGCGAGUCUGGGGAGAAGGACAACUACAUCAACUCGAUCAACCAGAAGGCUCAGUAUCUGGAGAGCAUAAUCACGGUCAAGGAGGAACGCAUCGCGGAACUGAUGGAGCAGCUGGGAAAACUCUCGGAUCAAUACAAGUACCCCUACCCAUAUUAAAAGCCCGUCCGAGCCCUUUGUUGGCUCUGCUUAGCCAGGACCAGGAUGUUAAAUGUGGAUUGUAACCUGACCCGUAGACCCGAAGAAGAAUCCGAUGGCGCCCCCCAGUUAGCCCCAUUUACAAUUCCAUUAUUCCCGGAUUCCAUUAUUGGGACUGAAUUGUGAGCUUCCGUUCGAUUCCCCCUUUUCCGAGUGACCUUUUCCACCAAAAGAUGACUGACCUAGCAGACUCAGCUUUGGACGACCUCAUGUUAUUGGAUAUCUCUAUAUAUAUUUUGUAUUUUAUUUUGCUUUCAUACAAAACGACAAUUUCUUUGGCAUUUACCUUCACCAAAUAAACAAAACGAAAUUGUUGCGUCGUUCAAUGAAACAA